AGUCUUUUCUUUCUAAUUUUAUAAGACACUGAAGUUUCUAUAUAAAUAUGAAAAAAUAAAUACAUUUUAUUUACUGAUGAUUUUAUUGAAGAAAAUUUCAAGAAAUUAAAACCGAAGAAUAUCUCUCGGAAUUUUGAAUUACACAGCUUUAAAUUCCGCAAUGGCUAAAAUACCCGUUAAAAAGUGUGAAGGUGGUGAAAUAAAUUUAAUCGCGGAACGUCUCAAUAUACCUCUUUUAUUGGCCACACGCAACAGUUAUAAACAUGAACAUAGUAUAUCAAAAUAUAUUAAGAGUAAACAUAAAUUCUACAACAUGGACUGCAUUUUAGAAAAAAGCAUUGAAACACGUUCGAAGGAUCACACCCGUAAACUGCUAGGUCAAUACCCCGAAAGCAUUGGACCAUGCCCGAGCAGACGUUUGGCAAAUGCCACACGUUACGUAUCCGAUUUCAGAGCAUACCACCUGCCACCCAAUAUUUAUAAUACUUCCAAAGAACCGUUUGCAGGUCGUCGUGGUCUGGGUGGCGCAUAUUGGAGGAAAUUGAAAAAGGAAUAUAAAAUUGAAUCUUUAGAAUAUAUUAAAUACACACCACCGAAGAGGUCAAGAGACAAAUGGAAAUUAUAUAAUUUACCAAAAUUAACGGAGCGCUUCAAUUUGCCACACAACAAGCAUAAAGGAGUGUUCUUCAGCAAUGCACGUCUGCGCCCUGCCUCCACACGAUGCAUGAUAACCGAUCCAGUAUUGGUUAAACGCCUGCCUACAGAACCGUCCCCGGCGCACUAUAAUAUAGAAAGGCAUACAAUCCAAUAUAAUAUGCCUAAACCAGUACCACCGCCAAUAAAUAAUCCACACCUGUUCCUACGCAACUCCUGCAUACCCGCGAAGUUACCAGGCAUAAUACGGCGUCACUUGAGCUUCGAACCGGCAGUGGGACGCUAUGAGGUACGCUUCCCCAAACACUGUCCGUGUGGCAAGAAAAUAUUCACACCGGGACUGCCGCUAAUUAUCGAUCGUGAGAAACGUAAGAAAUUCCGACGCAUACCAUAUAAAAAGAUCAAAUCACAUUUAUAUUGUGCACCGGAUUUUACGCAUGUCAUCGGACAUGGUCAUACGUAUGUCUUCCGCUUGCCGGGUUCCAAAUUGCACAAGCCCAAAAAGUUGGAUAAUUCGAUAGAGAAGCGGUUUUCAGCACGCGCAGCACAACAAUUUCACGACUAUAGAUAUAUUAAUAUGAUAUUGGCGCCGCGUAGAAGACGUUUAUCCGAAUUCGCGCCCUAUAUAGAUCUUCAUCCACAGUAUAAGUUUCGCUUCAAUUGUAUUGUAAAGGUGACCGUUGUACGACGACAAUUGAGUAAAGGCAAGAAACUUGGUUUCGGUGGCAGCGCUAAACGUUUCUCCUACGUUGACUAUCAUUCAUCAAUACCCACUCCCGCGCAAGUACGUCAGAAUAAAGAAAAUUUACCCGUCGAACGUCAGCUGCAGGAAUAUCCCGUUACGCGUACACCUAUGACGGAGAUCAAACCGCGUUUUCUGGAGUGGUACACAACGCAAAAGAGGGAAACCCGUCCAAUAUAUGAACGUAAGGGACCUGUUAAGUUACCACCACUACCGGAACCGAAAUUAUUGGUCACCAAAAAAGAUUUGCUACCCGACUUAAAACCAGGUGUCGCGUAUCGGCGGCCAGUUUUAUAUAACAAACCUAUCGAUAUUCAGGAAUUCUUCAGAGUUUCGACGACCGCCGAUCAAGAUUCUGAAGAUUAGAAUUGAAUUGGUAAUUUAAAAAUGAAUAUGUUAUAUAUGUAAAUUUUUGUGCAAAUACAAGAAAAUAUAUUUACCCAGAUUUUAAUAUUA